GAAAAUCAAGUCGUCCAAUCAGAGUGGGCGGAUCCAGGAAGAGUAACCCAUUCAAGGCAGUUGACAGGAAAAAACAACUUCCUCAUAAUUCAUUACACGCGUUUUGUCGAACAAAUGUACGAGAAAUUGCAGGAAAACUUCAUAUAGAAACGAUGGGAUACAUGACAGUUGAGGAGCACACUGGCACUCUGCUCCACUUGAAGAGAUCCCCGGGCAUUCGUUCAUGGUCUCUUCUGGUUGGUAUAGCAUCUAUUGGGUUGGCAGCUGCAUACUACAGCUCAGACAGCAUCCUGUGGAAGCUUUUCUAUGUGACCGGCUGCAUGUUUGUGGCCAUACAAAACAUGGAGGAAUGGGAGGAGGCCAUGUUUGACAAAACCAAGAACCGGAUCGAGCUCAUCACCGUAAGCUUGUAUGCUUCUGUCCUGACGUUGUGGAAGAAGGGACAUGAGAAAGUUGUGCUGGAUUUGACACAGUUAUGCGAUAUCUGCGUACAAGAGGAGAGGGUACGAUAUCUUGGGAAGGGCUAUGUGCUGGUGUUGCGACUCGCAACUGGCUUCUCCUACCCCCUCACUCAGAGUGCCACUCUGGGGGGCCGCAGUGAUGUGGAGGCAGUUGCUGCGCUGCUGAAACGCUUCUUAGUGCUGGAAGAGCUGCAGGGACGCAGGCAAGAGGAGGAAGAGAGAGCGUUCAUAGGGGAAGAAGACUCUUUGGAUGAAAGCAGUGAUUCCGACGAUGAAACUGAUAAAAUAUGAUCUAUAUUCGCUUGCAGCCUUCCUGCAAAUGAAUCAUGGGCAUUCUGGCAUUGCUAAGCCAUUACUGAGGAUGGGCUGUGAAAGAUGACACCAAAUAUUCAUUCUGUUUAAGUGUAAGAGUCUAGGGAAGCUACAGUAAAACGUUUUUAGCAUCUCCAUGUACACUAGAAUGGAAAAACAUACACGUUAAGUUUGCUUAAACAAGUUCUCAGAUAUGUGGGAGGGGGAAAGAGACCGUCUUUCACUGUUACUAAAUGCAGCUUUCUGAACAACCUCUUUUUAAGUAAUUACUGCCUUUAGAAUACACUCUAGAUUACAGAUUUACUGUGCCUUCCAAGUGAUAAUAGAUGUUUAUGUGCAGUGAAAGUCAAUGGGAAGUGUCUUUCUCACAGUUUUCUGGACCACCCAGUUGAUAAUCACAUUUUUUUGCAUGUUUUUAUUCACACCCAGGCCACAAACUGAAAACUGUAACCAGGCAUGAAGGAUUUUAAUGUAAAAUAUUUGGACUGUUAACAUUUUAUAUACCUUUUUUUGAACUUGAGACUGAAACACUUGGGUGAUUUAAAUUAUUUCUUUCUUGACUGAAUCAGGGCUCUGGCAGAUGAUGAAUGUUGAUGUGCGCUGCUUAAAAGAAAAAUCUGUUUGUUGAUUUCAUUUACUUUUUUAUUUUGUAGUUUAUCACAUUUGCAAGUAUGGUAUAAAGGUGUUUUGUAUAAA